AUGGCUAGCAAUGACCUUCCGGAAUGCGUAUUCGAGCUACCUGCCGAACCAAUCACACAGUCACAUACUACUAGUCCUCCCGCUGCUGAUAUUAGUGGUAUCAAUUUGAACGAUACCGGCCGCGUUGAUAUCGACUGGGAUUCAAAGGUCGUACGCAGUCUUUCGAAGCUCUACACUAGCCCCCUUUUCAGACCUUCUACACCUCCGCCUGAAUACUCCGAACUACCGACGCCACGUCCCGACUCUACAGCCGUUAGACCUGAUCACAUAUCGGAACACUUCGAGCCAAGUCCUUCAAAACGCUGGGUUGUAAAAUUGAACGUUGUGAUCCAAGUUGUGGGAAGUCGGGGUGAUGUCCAGCCCUUCAUUGCCCUGGGAAAUGAGCUCCAGCGAUAUGGACAUCGCGUGCGUCUAGCCACACAUGAUAUGUUUGAAGAUUUCGUUAGGGAAUCUGGGUUGGAAUUUUACCCAAUUGGAGGCGAUCCAAGAGAACUGAUGGCAUACAUGGUCAAGACUCCCGGACUCAUCCCUAGCAUGCAGAGCAUUCAAGCGGGUGACAUCCGUCGCAAGCGCGUCAUGAUUAGGGAGAUGCUAGAUGGGUGUUGGGAAUCAUGUAUCGAGCCAGACCUAAUAACAGGACACCCAUUCGUGGCUGAUGCUAUCAUCGCCAACCCACCCAGCUUUGCACAUGUUCACUGUGCUCAAGCUCUCAGCGUUCCGGUACAUUUGAUGUUUACCAUGCCUUGGAGCAGUACAAGGGCUUUUCCACAUCCCCUGGCCAACUUCAAGGCAGACAGUCCAGACCAGGGGUUCAAGAAUUAUGCCUCAUAUGAUCUUGUCAAUUGGCUUACAUGGCAAGGAGUAGGGGAUGUAGUCAAUGGAUGGCGGAAAGAACUUGAUUUAGAAGAAGUGGCUACGUUUGAAGGUCCUCAACUUUCUGAAAUCUUGAAAGUUCCAUUCACAUAUUGUUGGUCUCCGGCUCUUAUACCCAAGCCGUUGGAUUGGCCUUCUUAUAUUGACGUCUGCGGUUUCUUCUUCCGUGACACCCCAAAAUACGACCCCCCAAGUGACCUCCAGGCCUUUUUAUCGUCCGGUCCACCGCCAAUAUAUAUUGGCUUUGGGAGUAUUGUGCUUGAGGACUCGAUCAGGAUUAAUGCAGCUAUUCUUGACGCGGUAAAUGCUGCUGGUGUUCGAGCUAUCAUUUCCAAAGGCUGGUCCAAUCUAAAGGGAGAACAUAGCGACAACCUAUACUUCAUCGGUGAUUGCCCUCAUGAGUGGCUCUUCCAACACGUGGCGGCGGUGGUACAUCAUGGAGGUGCUGGUACAACGGCUUGUGGCUUGCGGAAUGCAAGACCUACGAUUAUCGUCCCGUUUUUCGGAGACCAACCAUUCUGGGGAGCUAUGGUCGCUGCAGCGGGUGCUGGCCCAGUCCCCAUCCCACACCAAGAGCUAAGCGCUGCCACAUUAGCUGAAGGAAUUCGAUAUUGCUUCACAGAACAAGCGAUAACUGCUGCCUCUGUGAUUGCGAUGAAAAUGGCUUCCGAAACCGGAGUCCAAGCCGCUGCCGCUUCCUUUCAUUCACAUCUUCCCUUGGAGCGGAUCUCCUGUGAUAUAUGUCCAGGGGGACCAGCAGUAUGGUCUUACUCCACGGGCAAUACGGAAGUAAAACUGUCAAAAGUUGCGGCAGCAACGCUAGUCGCACAAAAGUCGAUUGAUCCAAAGCGACUGAAACCGCAUGCAAUUAAGCCCAUUGUGAUAGAGAAUCGUCGAUGGGACCCUGUCACAGGCGGAGCUUCUGCGCUUAUGGGAACCACAACAGAACUCCUUGAUUCCGUCCUGGGAACGUUCUAUAAGCCCUUUGAGGAAUAUAAAAACUACCAAGUUAGCCACAGGGAUCAGCCUUUGGCGAGUGCCUCGAGUCAAGCUGUACAAAGACCUACAACCAGCUCUACCGAUAAGCGCUCCCUGGAAAUUUCACAAGAGGGGGCCGACGAUGCGAAGAGCAUAGUUACCAUGGAAAGUACAUCGUCAGCUUCAAGAUCUCAUAGAGCUCGGCUUGCAGGGAGAAUGGCCGGAUCUUCAGCGAAAAGUCUUGCCAAUUUUGUGCCAACUGCGCUAAAAGGCAUGACUGUCGACAUCCCACUCGCCAUGACGGAGGGACUACGCAAUAUCCCUCGACUAUAUGGCGAAAGGCCACAGCACGACGGCUCCGUUACUGACAUCAAGAGUGGAUUCGCUCUUGGUGGCACAGGGUUUGCAUUGGGGAUGGUGGAGGCAGUGAGCGAUUUGGUCGUGAAGCCUUACGAAGGAAUAAAAAAGGAUGGUGCGAAGGGUGCUGUGUCUGGCAUUGGCAAGGGCGUGGCAAAUAUGACAGCUAAAGCGGGCUGCGCCAUGUUUGGUGUUGUAGUAUACCCUGGUGUCGGUAUUGCAAAGAGUCUGAGAUCGGCUGUCUACUCUAGGACGAGGAAGAGGAUCACCAAGGCGCGUCACGCUGAGGGUGCAUGGUUGUCGGAGAGUUCUACACAUGCAGACAUUGACGGCUACGUUGCCAGCUUCCAAAGGAUGUUAAAGGGCAAAAGGAGCUAA